GAGUCAUAACCUGCGGCGUGUUAAUUGCUGCUGUGACUCUCAGCCUACCUGGUGCCUUAAUCAGUUUCUCUUUCAGGGCGGAGAGAGAAAAAAAAAUCACAAACUCACUUAUCAAGGAGGAGCCUGCAGACACACCGACAUGCACCAAAGUGAGAGGAGGCUGAGACACAACGCAUGCUGUGCGGAGUAAAAGCCUCUAAACGCAGCCAGUCUGACGGCGAUGCUCCGCGGACGCCGAGCAGGAACCUGAUUACCGACCCAGAACCGACCAUUCUGCAGAACCACCGGAGAAAACAGACCCCAACGCCGCGAUCACCGAGCUCCAGGAAGAAGACGCAGCAAUGUCAGAGAGAAGAGGUCAGAAGUUCAUCUUCCUGUCGUCGUUAUUGGUGUGUUGUAUGUUCGCUGGUGCCGAGCAUUCCAGCUGUGGAGAAAAUGAGUUCUUCAACCAGACCAGCAACAGCUGCCAGGCUUGUCCUCAAUGCCAGCCGGGACAGGAACCACACAUGAACUGUGGUUUCGGUGUGAAGGAUGAGGACUUUGCCUGCGUGCCGUGUCCACAUGGUAAAUACUCUAAAGGAAGGUAUGAGAUCUGCAGGCGCCACAAGGACUGUGAUGCCCUCUACAAAGCUACUGUUCGGGUAGCAGGGACUCCAGAACGUGAUGCAGAGUGUGGACCAUGUUUACCAGGGUAUUACAUGCUGGAGACCAAACCCAGGAACCUGUAUGGAAUGGUUUGCCACUCCUGUCAAAAUGCCCCACGCAACACCAAAGAAUGCAUGCAACCCAACAAGUCUAAAUUAAAACCUCUAAUUAAUGCUGGCAGCACCACAGUUUUCCCUCAUCUAAAUAAAGAAGCUCCAGGACAGGGUCACCUAGCAACAGCACUCAUUAUUGCCAUGUCAACCAUCUUCAUCAUGGCCAUCGCCAUCGUUCUCAUCAUAAUGUUUUACAUCCUGAAGGCCAAGCCGAACAGCCAAGCGUGUUGCUCUGGGCAAGUCGUGAAAGCAGUGGAGGCUCAGACUAACAAACACGAAGACAAAAAAGAGAUCCCUGAAAGUGCGGUCAUCUUCUCCGAAAAAGAAGAGUAUGAUAAACUGAAAGCUCCUCCUCAGAAGGUGGUGAAAAGUGAAAAUGACGCAUCAUCAGAGAACGAGCAGCUGCUGAGCCGCAGCAUUGACAGCGACGAGGAGCAGACAUCAGAAAAGCAGGGAUCUGCAGAAACAACAACCCCCAGUCCAAACCUGUGCCUCGUCGAUCUCGGAAACAAACCUGACCUCUCCCUGCUCACUCUGGGACUUUUGGGUCGCGGUCGCACAGGCAACGGCACCCCAGCUGUAGCAACCAGCCACCCCAAUAACAUCCCAAAUCCCAACCACAUCAACGGUGUCAACCACAUCACUUCCAACAACCACAUCAGCAGUGUGAAUGGGAUCAACAACAAUAAAACCCCAGGGAUGCUACAGAAUCGAAGGAAAAAGAUCAUUGAUUUGUACGCUAAAGCCUGCAACAUGACUGAGGGCCUGAGUCCCACAGAACUUCCCUUUGACUGCUUGGAGAAGGCGAGCCGCAUGCUGAGCUCCUCCUACAGCAGUGAAGCAGCCGUGGUGAAGACAUGGAGGCACCUGGCUGAAAGUUUCGGGCUGAAGCGUGAUGAGAUUGGGGGCAUGAGCGACGGCCUUCAGCUCUUUGAGAGAGUCAGCACAGCCGGCUACAGCAUCCCCGACCUCCUCACUCGCCUGGUGCAGAUCGAGAGGCUGGACGCCGUGGAGUCGCUCUGCUUCGACGUGCUGGGGAGCAGCGAGGUCGCGGCGGUGGCUGGCCGGCAGGGUAUCAACAGUUUUCACAGCCAGUUAGUUUGCCCUUCGUCCUGCACAUCUCCAUCCCAACGCUGCGCCAGUGUCUGAAAACCAGGAGCAUAGACUCGAGAGGCUUGGAGGUCUUCCAGUGCACGUUUCUGUAAGGACAGAUUUACUCUGACAAGCAUGACUGUGCACAUGGAGUGUACACAUUACAUGAAGAAUGUCAGUGGGCUUUCUGCCCACAAUCUUUAUUUUCUAAAAGUCUUAAAGAGCUUUAAAUUACUCAUUUUUCUAUGUUCUAGUGUUGGAUUUAAAAUAAUAAAUCCGAGUCAGGCAUGUUCUAAAUUUAAAAAAUAAUGUCCAACUGUUUUAAUCUGAUGUUGCCUUCCGUUAUUGCCAGAGAACCGUUGUGCGCCGGGCGCUCUAAUUAAUGUUCUUUUUCAGAUUUUUAAAAAAAGAAAUCCCGUACUCAGCCUUUGCUGCACGAUUUUGGUGGGCCCCAUCCAGCACGGGCUCUCAGCAGGACUCUUAUUGAACUUUUGAAGUGGGACUCAAACCUCUUGCAGCUGAUGAAACCAGACGCUCACGUUUGUACAAAGAAAGCAACCUGGUUCGACUGUGGCAUUAGUUAGCAUUCAGAACGGUUUCUUUGACUGGGCUGUCACCAGCAGAAAUGAGCUCUCCACUUUGAUUGCAAUCGUCACGGCAGCUGGAAACACUAAAACAUCGUUCAGCUACGCUUUCAUCUAAGAAACUUUCUUGUGAACUCUGGACUUCUGUCAGAUGACCAGAAAACACUCGCAAAUGGACAAAAAAUAAUUCCAAUAUUGUCAUUUUUAAGGCAGAACAAGAAUGAUAAAUGUUGGGGUUUACUAUGCAAUCUUUAAAACAACAACAUGGGUGUGCCGUUUUAUUUAUUCAUUUUUUUAAAUAAAAAUGAUGACAAAGACAAACAGUUCAACUAUGUACCCCAGAAAAACAUCAACUUAAAGAAAGAGCCCCAAAACACAGAUUUGUUUUAUAUAGUAUGGUUAGCAUUCAACUAUUUAAUCCAUAUAAUGUAUGAACACAGUGUCGUGCACCACAUGCCCUCGGUGCACUUUUUACACUCAGAUUCACACACACUCCUACUAAAGCUACUUCCUCAGCAGUGACCCCCCUCCCUUCUCAUAACUCUGCCUAGCUCCCCUUAUACUCCAAUCUUGUGGUCUUGUGCUGCCGCCAUCCCUAAUUAUUUGGCGUGUGGCUCAUGCCCCUAAUAAGUCGAAGUGUUGUGGUUUACAGAGCGGGUGCAAAGUGCCUGUGAUUUCCAGCACCCAAUUAAGCAUUUAGGGCCACUUAACUUAAGACUGGUAGAAAAAUCCAUAUCACCCCUGCAUUAAAAAAACAAGAUUGAUGCCAGGGUAUUUGGACCACUAGCUCACAGGCUCCUGCUUUUGUGAAAGGUGAGCAAGUGGUUCCUGUUAUGGUGGAGGUAUUGCUGCACUGACCUGUAAAACGUCUGUUCUUUUUCAGCGUUUGUGGUCGGCUCACUCGUGCUCAGAAAGGAUUUCAGCCCCCCCCCCCCACCCCUAUGGGACCAAUUGACUAAACAAGAACAAUGUGCAGCUGUGUGAGAAGCAGCUGAGGCCACUUAGGUGUUGUAAGCUCAGAACGUGUCCCUCUCAUAGGCAUCGGGGUCAAUGAUACAAGAAUCAGCAGCAACAUUGAUGCUACAGGUCAAGUCUGCUCAUUUCUGCGGCGAUUAUCCGACUCAGCAAAACUAAAAGAGUUGCUUUGAUGUCCCUUCCUGGUAACAGGACUGAUUUUAAUCUGAUGUUGCCUUCAUAAUGUCCCGGGUCUGCUCUGCAGAUACGAUUUUCCUUCCCGACAAUUUUCUCUUCUGUGGAGAUCCAAUCUCUCGUUGCAAUCUGGAGCUGGACUCCUGUACUACUUCAAGAACAUAUCUAUUAUGUUGUGUCUUUGAUUUAAACCUCCAAUUUAGAUGUGUUUUCCUGUCAGAAUGUCAACAAUUGAUUUAUAGUGUGAAGCUGAUGUUUUUUAUACUUUAAAUACGUUUUAUAUAUAUAUAUAUAUAUAGAAAUAUUUUUUGUUGGAAAUACAUGAAAGGAAAUAGAAAAUGCUCCUAAACUAUGCUCAGUUUUGUCAGACAUGUAUUAUGCUGAUAUGACAAUACACAGAUUUACUUACCUCAGUAGCACAAACAAUAUAAAACAACAUGUAGAAACACUCCGACUUAUCGCAGAACCCAAGUGUAAAUGUAUAUAUAAGUUAUUAUUGUACAUAAAACAUAUCUUAAUAAAGAUGUAUGGUGAAAAUUA